GGCAAGUCUUUUUUUUUUUUCCGUUCAUGUCCUUCUGUGCCAUGGCCAUUGAAGCUAACAAUCGUGGCCUUGGUUGGUAGCCCAAAUACACCCUUACUGUUCCGUUCUAGCCGUGGACAUUUAUCCGGUCCAGCCGCCUUAUACCAGAUCUAACUGUAGCUUUAUGGCAAUGGAUAUUACGCAUGAUUGGGACUUCACCGGCGGCGGUGACUUCGAUUUUAUUCACAUUCGACAACUUGGCGAUAUUCAGGAUAAAAAGAAGUUAGUCCAAUCAACUUUUAACAACCUGAAGCCUGGAGGAUGGGUCGAAUUUACGGAAUGGAUCGCAAUUCUACAGUCACCAAAUCAUUCAUUGGACGGCACCGCAUUCCGCAAAUGGAAUGAUCUGCUAGAGCAAGGAAUGCGCAGUUUUGGUACAACGCUGUACUACCCGAAUAAAUUCAAGCCAUUGCUACAGGAAACAGGCUUUGAGCAUAUCAUUGAGACCAGAAACGGCGCGCCGACAAAUGCAUGCUAUCCUGGGAAAAAGUUGCAGCGCAUAGGCCAUCUAAUGACACAGAACUGGCUGCUUGUUCUUAAGCCAUUAACAAUGCCUGUUUUUACGCAAGCGUUAGGCUGGUCUCCGGAUCAAGUCAAGUCGUUUCUGGUUGAUGUGCGGAAAGAGAUUGGCAACACACAAUACCAUUCCUUCAUGACGCUAAUAACUAUUUGCGCCCAAAAACCGUUAAAUAGUUCAUCCACGUCAUCAAAGUCGGCCUCAGCUUCAGCCUCCGCAUCCGAAUCUUCUCUUCCCACGAUAAAGUAGGUCCUCCGGUUUGACCAGACGCACGUUGAACACGACCCGCAAGGUUGCCUUCUCGAAAAGGUCACUUGCGAAGCUGGCCCUAAUGUAAUCAACAACCAGCAGCACAUGGUUCGGGAUACUUGGCACAGAAUGGGGAGCCCUGUCCCCCCUCCAAGGAUGGAUCGGGUUCGCUUGUAUGCAGUGACAUC